CACUCACACACACUCAGACUGAGCACUGACUGACCGCGUUUCGCGCGCACCUGAGCAACACAGCGCGCGGGAUCACCCCCUCGAGAGCUCCACUCACACACAUUCUCACACAGCGCACGCACAGGCGCGCUCUCACACCCUCACGCGCAUUCACGCGCGGGUUGCAUCAUCACUCAGCAGGCAGCAAAAUGGUCGCGGACGGGGAGAUAAAGCCGUGCUCAUUCGCGCGAGGCUGGACUGCGUCGUCACCGUAGGCGCGUGGAAGUGUUUGUGUGCUCGUGCAGGAUUUUGUUUACGGCGCUGCAGACAAAACACCUCACUGCACGUUCCAGAGAGAAGAAGCGAUGACCCUGGUUUUGUCCAUGAACCCCUUCUGUGAUCAUGAGGCUGAAGCCCCGCCCCCAAUCUACCAGCCAAUCUGGGAGUCAGAACACUGCAGCAAGAGCUGUGUCUCCACCCCCACGCCAACAGGGGGCGACGCCCAGGAGCUCAUGGACGAGCCGCCCUGUAGGCGAGUCCCAGAUCCUGUGACCAUGUCCCGGAUCGCUUAUUUUAAGAGGAAAUACGUGGAGGACGAUGAUCUUCCGCUUGGCUUCAGGAGUUACUGCCACACUGUGUCCCCAGUGUUGGAGGAGCACGCUCACGUCCUUCGUCUCUCUCUGGAGAAGAUGCGCUUCAUCGACGACCCUGAGGCGUUCCUGCGGCGCUCCGUCCUCAUAAACAACCUCCUGCGGCGCCUGCGGACGGAAAUCCUGCUCCAGAGGGACUGGCGAUUCCCGCCGGGACCUGUCGGCAUGGCGACCGCAUCCCCGGUCCACCCUCAUCCGUCCGCCAGCGUCCCGGCAAACCCGAACCGCAAGAGGCUGCGCGUGCUGAGGGCCGAGGAGGCCGAGUGCGUCCCGGCGUGCUGCUGUUUGUACACGGCUGGACAGUACCUUCAGCUGCCGCUCUGCGUUUAUGAGGGCGCGAAUUCUAACCUUCAGCCUUCGUCGUCAUCAUCAUCGUCGUCGUCGUCGUCAUCCUCCUCCUCCAGUGAGCUUUUGGAGGACGAGCAGGACAGCGACGGAGACGAAGGCCUGGACUCCCUCUGUCCAGGUCUGGACCUUUGCGAAGCUUCGUUUAGGGCAAAGAAAGAGAGGGAAAGAGAGAGAGAGAGGGCCAGGACGCGGGUCAGGGUCAGAGAGGAAGAGGACGGAGCGAGAGGAAGUGAAGUUUAUCUUCACUGCACCCCACUGGCGCAUAAUUUAAAAAAGACAAGAGUUAGAAAUAACGUAGCGUGAUGAAAAGGUGCGCACUGCAAAAAAAACUCCUGGCAUUAAUGUUUAUUGGCAGAUAACAAACAAAGCAAAAAUAAACAAAUAAACGCCUGAAGGAAUAAAAAUGGUCUGGGGUAAAUUAUCCUCUUACCAGACAAGUAUAUCGUUGUUGUGUCUCCAAACUGAUAACUUUACAGGAAAAAUGCUCUUAAAUUUUAUUGUAAAUUAAUACAGUGAGAUUUUAAUCUAAAUAAUUUGGGAUUAUUUCUUUUGGUCCAUUUAUGCUGAAUUUUUCACAUAAAGCGAAGGGCAGCUGGAGUUUUCAAAUCCUGUAAUAAAAAGACAAAAAUAUAUGCAAGGUUUUGUUCUGGCAGUGACGAUGUGGACCACUACUGAAUUAGUUCAAACUGCAGGCCCACGGUAAAAUAAAAUUAUUUACAAAAGCAGUGAAGUAUUCAGACCUUACAUAUUUACAGGGAUUAUGUUCUGAUAUGUUUAAACCCAAUGCAUUAAUAGAGAUAGUAAUAAGCUAAACAUGUACACAGUCAUCAUUUAUAGGGUUCUUUUUACUGUGCGGAGUCUGUUCUAAACCCUAACCCCCAAAUUUACACUUGUGAAAAUAAUACUCACAUUUUUUAUUUUUGUUUUUAAAAAAGUGAAGGUGAAAGAUUUAGAUUUAUCAUAAGUUCAAUUUCAAUUUAAAAACUUUAUUCAAAAAAAAAUUUGAUGUGACUACCAAAACACAAAGAGUUUUACUGUGUAGCCUUAUUUUAGCCACGCCCCUGCAUUUUAGAGCAGGAAGUGAGGCUGCAUCCCUGUCCCUCAUGGCCAAGAUCAGUUAAAAUUCCCAAAUCCGUUUCAGGUCUGACUUUGAACCAGUUCAGUAGACUCACCCAUAUACAGUCUAUAAGUGGUGAGAGUGACUGUUAGAGCCAGACUGUCAGUUUGGGCAAUAAAAGUCAAAACCUGAUCAAAAACAUGGUAAAAAACACCUGUACGAUAACGAUUUCUGCUAGAACCCCUGUGUGAUUGUAGGAGUAGAAUGUUAGCGCUAAGCUAUCAGCUAUUUACAUGUUUUGAAGCUUGUAACGGACAUUAUCAUAGAGCUUGUAUAUAUCAGUUUUACAGUGACUCUCUCAGUAAAAAGCUCUGCUGCCGCUGUUUUCCAUUCCUAACAACCAACCGAAACCUUGUUACAGCUCCUAUUCACAGUCUGUGACGUAUCUAGAACUUCCAGAAUACAUACACCAAGUGUGCUGAUUAAUAAAUAAACGUUUCGUGGAAAUGAUUAGGCCGCCUCUGCAGCUCUGAGAGUUCCCCACUUAAACUUAUCGCUGAAUUUGAGACGCUUCACUUGCUAAGGAGUGAUUUUUUUGCAGUGUAAGUUUGGCCGCCAACCUGCUACCAGUCAGAUCCGGCACUGGUCUGCGCUCAGAAAGCUUAAAGCAGGAGAAAGAGGGAGGAAAACCAGAGGGUGAGAGAAAGGGAGAUGACCCCAAUGGAUGUUGUGAAAAUGGGACACCAGGGGGUGCUCGUUUGGACAGUUGGGGAGGAAAUAGCAAUUACCUGGUUGCUAUGGAAACAGGGUUGGACAUGUUGCUGUGGAAUGAACCGACAAUGGCUGGAUGGACCAACCGUGGCUGACCAUUAGACAAGAAAAGGAAUGGUCUCCCAGUGACCAUGAAUGCAGUCCACGUGUUUAUCGUACAGGGUGUGACCUCUAGUCAUUUAAUGACUUCAGUCCGGUCUUUUAUUUUUCUGCGGGACUUUAAACGAACACAUACAAGAAAAUCCAAGUUUUAAGGUUUAUUGCAAAGAGCUCUUACUGAACUAAAGGAAUAGUUUGACGAAAAAACUACGUUGAGUCUCACUUCCUCCCCCUGCACUGCUGCACUUACAAACAAAAAGCUUUAGUUAGCUACAAACUUAAAAAGAUGGUUCUCCAAAGGUUCUUUAGUAAAGGCAAUGACUCCAUUUAGAACCGUUGACUCUAUGUAAAAUCAUUGCAUGCUUAAAUCACUAUUUUACUAGUUGUGGGCUGGAGGUUAGGGAACCAGCCUUGAUCCCCUGAGACGACAGUACGUGACUGAAGUGCCCUUGAGCAAGACACCUAACCCCCAACUGCUCCCCGGGCGCUCCGGAUAGGGCUGCCCACCACUCCGGGGAAAGUGUGCUCACUGCCCCCUAGUGUGUAUGUUCACUAGUGUGUAUGUGGUGUUUCACUGCAUGGAUGGUUCAAAAUGCAGAGGUGAAAUUUCCCCGUUGUGGGACUAAUAAGGGUCACUUAAUCUUAAUUAAUCUUAAUUUGCAUAGUCAAAUUAUUAUUCAGAUUGAUGGAGAAUAUAUAGCACCAAAAAGGGUUCUGCUACUGCGAUGAUGUCAAUCUUGUAACAAUAGCAGAACCAUUUUAGGUACUAUGUAGAACCAUUUUCAAAAAGGUGCUAUACAGAACCAUAUACAACACAUUCUCCAUCAAUUGAAGAACAAAUUCUAAAUAGAACCUUUGCCUUUACCAAACAACCCUUAAAGAACCAUCUUUUUUAAAUGUGUGGCUAAGAUAAAAUAUUCACAUUCUGCUGUUAGCCUCACGUUAUUAUUUUCUUCUAUUGGUUCUAUAUAGCACCGCAAAGGGUUCUUCUAUUGUUAGAACCCUUAAUGUUAUGUAGAACCAUUUUCAAAAAUGUGCUAUAUAGAACCAUAUACAACACAUUCUCUAUCAGUCUGAAGAAC